AUGUUAUUCAAACAAUUAGCCAACCUCUCUCAAAUUCAAACCAGUGGUGGAUACUCAUCAUCUGCAAACAAAACUAGCACCGCAAAUGAAUUCAAUUUCCAAGAUCCAUUUACGACCCAAACAUCACUAGGUGCCAACAAAGUUGCUUUCAAAUUUUCAGGUGAUGAAGUUGUAUGA